ACAAAGACUGAGAGAGAGACAGAGGGACGCAGGGAGAAGCAGAAAGACGAAGCCAGAGAAGGGAUUUACUGCUUUGGUAUGGUAAUGUCUCUGAGUGGGAAGGUGGCGCUGGUGACCGGUGGAGCUCAGGGCAUUGGGAGAGCUGUGGUCCAGUUAAUGCUGCAGAACUCAGCUAAGGUGGCUGUGGUUGAUCUAAAUCAGACAGUGGGAGAGGAAUGCAAAACACAGCUGGAUGCCGAGUUUGGAGAAGGCAACUCUAUCUUUAUUCAGUGUGAUGUGACAAAUGGAGAUGCGUUGAAAGAGGCCUUCCAGAGCACUGUGGACAAGUUUGGACACCUGGACAUUGUCAUCAACAAUGCUGGUAUCAACAAUGAGAAGAACUGGGAAAAGACCAUACAAGUAAACCUGACCUCAGUUAUAAAAGGGACCUACCUGGCACUGGACCAUAUGAGUAAAGAACAUGGCAAGGGAGGAGGCAUCAUUAUCAAUGUGUCCUCUAUGGCAGCCUUCCUGCAUUCUCCACAUCAGCCUGUCUAUACAGCCACUAAACAUGGAGUUAUUGGCUUCACCAGAGCUAUGGCGGAUGCAGCCUCUCAAGGUGACUAUGGGGUUCGUAUCAAUGUCCUCUGUCCAGCCUUUGUUGACACUCCUUUGCUGCACUCAGUAGAACAUGAGGACAACAUGGGCAAGUUUGUCAAGUUCAAAGAUGAUUUCAAACGCAGCAUGAGCAAGUUUGGAGUUUUGAAGCCAUCGUUGAUAGCAGAGGGAAUGAUGAGAUUGAUAAUGGACACCAGUCUGAAUGGAGCAGUAAUGAAGAUUACCUGUUCUAAGGGGAUCCAUUUCCACCACUAUGAGCCUCUGUCUGCUUGAACCCUGACAGACUGAAAUAUAUACUGCUGGUAGUACAGCACAGCAUUUAAUCCUGUCUGAUUACAACACACUAGAAAGCAGUUCAAAAUAUCAGCAUGGGUCACCCUGUUGGCCCAGUGGUCUGACAUGGGUGCCAUAUGGCAACAGUAAACUGAGUUCAGGUCCUGUCUAGAACCUUUCUCGCAUGUCAUCUCCCUGUCUCUCCCAGUUGUUCCUGUGUGUCUCCACUUUCAUACUUCUAAUAAAACACAUUGGAUUACUGAUGGUGUCGGCAAAAUUCAGAGCAAUGUUUACAGUUUGCUAGAAAAGUAGUGUAGCAAAGACAAUAGAACACCUGAACAACGCCUGACGAUCUACACCUGUGCAAAGUAACACUUCAAAACUUUACAAAUAAUGCUGCAAUGAUGACCUCAUAACAUACAGAUGAAUCUGAAAUCUGAAAUACUGGCCCUUUCUGACUGUAAUCACAGUUGUGCUGUAUAGAAAUGUAUUAGGAUUUUAUUGAACAUGAUGACUUUGGGAUGGAACAAUCGUUAGAAAUAAAACAAUCCAAUCCAGGUGCUACUUUUCCCACAAGGGUGUCCCAACUGAUCUGACAGUGGCAUUCUGAUAAGAGAUGAGCCAGCCAAAAUAGCCUAAACCAGUACAAAAUAAAACCCAAAACAAAAAAAACAAACAAAAAAA